AUGCCAAUUGGUAUGAGCCCGUUCCGGUUGGUCUAUGGGAAGGCUUGCCAUCUUCCGAUGGAAAUAGAGCAUAAAGCAUAUUGGGCCGUAAAAGAGUGUAACACAGGAUUUAGGGUUGGAGUCGAAAGAAAGUUACAAUUGGUGGAGCUUGAGAAUAUUCGAUUGGAAGCCUAUGAGAAUUCAAGACUUUACAAGGAGAAGAUGAAAGUGGUGCAUGAUCGACACAUAAAAAGGAGAGAGUUUAGAGCCGGAGAACUAGUUCUCCUUUAUAACUCUAGGUUAAGGUUGAUGCCCGAAAAGCUAAGUUCAAGGUGGGAAGGCCCGUACAGAGCAGAGAAAGCCGAACCAUAUGGGGUCUACCACCUAAGGCAUCCUUCAAGCCCCAACAUCUUCAAGGUGAAUGGCCAUCGGCUAAAGCUAUACCAUGGAGAGAAAAUGAAAAGCAGCAAAGAGGUUGAGGUGUUCCUUCUCGAGGACGCAACCGAAGGCGAGGAGAUUUGA